CCAUCAUCUUCCAUCUCUGAUCUCUCUCUCUCUCUCUCUCUCUCGUGUGUGUAUAUAUAUAUAUAUAUAGAGAUUGGAUACAGAAAGAAGGGAAGAAAAAUGGGUAUGGUGGUGGUGAUAUCUCUGCCGUUGAUUCUCUUCUGUAUACUGCUUGGUUUCGGCUGCUACUUCCUGGGUAGAGCUAAAGGCAGACAAGACAUCCGUACAAAUCCUCAGGUUUACGGAGUACCUGCUCCUCCGCCCGGCGUCGCCUCCACCUCUCCGCUCACGCCGCCUCAUCCCCAUAUCAAGCCAGACAACUCCGCCAUGGUUUAAGAACCCAACCCGCACCUCAUAAUUUCUCUCUCUUCCGCAUCUUCUCUUUUUGAGUUUUUUUUUUUCUUCAGCAGUUUAUAUCGGUUGAUGGAUGUAUAAGGAUUAUAUAUAUAUAUAUAUAUAUAUAUACAUACGUGUCUGCGUCUGUGUUUGUCGGGAAACCUGUGCAAGAGUUUUUUUCUCUUUUCU